AUGGCUGCGCAGGACUCCUUCCCGCUGCUGGUCAAGGGGUCCUGGGGCCUCGAUCCCCCGAAGAAUCUGCGUAACAAGUUGCAGGUGUACUUCCAGAGCCCGAAGAGAUCGGGAGGUGGGGAGUGUGUGGUCCGCUCGGAGCCCGGGAGCCCGCCCACCUUCCUGGCCCUCUUCUUUCAGGAGGACGUUCGGCAGAAAGUUCUGGAGAGAAAAAACCAUGAGCUAGUAUGGCCAGAAAAAGGAACGUUCAAGUUAACUGUGCAGUUGCCCACAUCUCCAGAUGAAACUUCUGAUGUCUCUGGGAGGCAAAUUCCAAUGGAGGGAUCCAAGACCAAAGAAGAUGCCAGAGAAGCAGAUGUGCCAGAAGAACUGGAUACAAAAGCUGAAAAAAUAGAAACUAUCCCCAAAGAAUGUGAAAAUAUUUCAUCUUUGGUUGCACUUGAAAAUCUCAAGGAAAAUGUGACUGACAUUAUGUUAACAUUGUUAGUGGAGAACAUAAGUGGCCUGUCAGCAAACAAUGAUGACUUUCAAGUGGAAUUAAUACGAGAAUUUAAUGUUGCUGUAGUUACCUUUAAAAGACAAAUAGAUGUCAUAAAAUUCAUUGAUGAUUGUGCCAAAUAUCAUUCAGCUAAACUACUUCAGCUUUCUGCAAGACUUCUGGAAGUGACAAAAGUCAUCAGGGUUGAAAACCUACCACCUGGUGUUGAAGAAUAUUACUUAAAACUUUUCUUUGAAAGUCACCAUAAAGGAGGGGGAAGAGUUGACAGUGUUAAAUACUUUGAUAAAGAGAGUUCAGCUCUGAUUGAAUUUUCUGACAGAAAAGUGUUAGACACCAUCAUGACCAAGAAACUUGUCUUCAAUAACAUGCCGCUUUCUGUGUUCCCAUACUAUCCUUCUUUGGGCACAGCCUUGUAUGGCAAAGAGAAGCCUCUGAUCAAGCUCCCAGCACCAUUGGAAUUGUCAUUGGCUCUUCCUGUAUGGAAAUUCUUACAGAGAAAGAAUCACCUGAUUGAUGAGAUAAAUGAUGAAAUGGGACAUUAUCAUUGUGAGCUAACAUGGUCCCAAGUCAGCGGUAGUGUCACUAUCAGGCCUGCAGCCACCUUAGUCAAUCGAGGAAGACAAAAAGUCUAUACUUGGACUGAAGAAGUUUCCACAGCAUUCUCUGUCAUCAUAUCUAAAUAUCAAGUUAUCACACUUCAUGUGGACCCAAUAGUGUGGGACAACAUAAAAAAUGAUUUAGAAGAUGACAGGGUAUUGACUGAGUAUGAGCCACUUGAAGAAUCAGUAACCUUUGUGGGGAAAUCAGAGGAUGUACAAAGCAUUGAGCCACAAAUCAAGAAAUUAAUAGAAAGUACUAUCCAAAAAAUUAAAAGGGAAGAGCAAAGCCUGGAGGAAAAAGUGGCUAUUUCUCCAGAAAGAUACUCUCUUUUGUGCCAUAGUGGCUUACUGGAGGAUCUAUGCCAAGAGUUAGAAAUUUCUUACUAUGCAGGUACUGGACACAUGUGCCUUAAAGGACUCCGUGCUGAUGUGUAUAAAGGGAAGUGUGAAAUUCAGGAAAAGCUACACACCAUGGUUCAGAAAAGCAUUCAGUUUCCCCCUGAGGUUUUCCAAUUUCUGCAGCAAGUAGACUGUAAAGAAUUCUCUAAGUCUCUUUUUAUAGCAAAGAAGAUCCUUGCCGUUUAUGAGCUAGAAGGUACAGCUGUGCUCCUAACCAGCUGUUCGCCUGAAGUUCUACGAGAAGCUGAGAAGCAAAUGGUCAGUGCCUUGAGUUAUAAACGCAUUGAAGUGGAGGACAGCCAAGUUCUUAAUGAUAAGAGAUGGAAAAGGCACAUUUGCAAUCUGCAUAAGAAACACAAUUCCUCCUCAAAAACUGUGAUCAUCAGUGAGUUAACUUUAAAUACCACAGCUGAGGUCGUUAUUGCGGGCUGUGUGAGCAAAGUAAAUGAAACCUAUGGCUUGCUUUUUGACUUUGUAGAAAAACACACAAAAAUAGAAAGAAUGAUUGAACUAAAGCCUUCCGUACUUGUUCCAUAUUUAAGGGCAGAAAAGUUUAUCUGGUCAAAGAUAAAGAAUGGAAAUGUGCGAGCAAUUUUCAAUCCUGAGAACAAAGAAAAAGGCAUUUUACUAAUUGGCCCCAAAACCGAAGUCCUGGAGGGACUGAAGACCAUCAAGCAAAUCCAGGACUCAAUCUGUAUUAAAAGCAUUUGCAUUGAUAAACCAGGAGCCAACCACUUCUUCCGGGACAAAGAGCGGUAUUAUAAAAGUGAGGCCAGGCGGCAGUUUGGUUGUUUCAUUGAGCUACAGGAAGAUGAAAAAAAGGAGGAGGAUGGCAACACAGUUGGGAAGCAGUGCUGUGCUCGGGCAACCUUAGCGCCUGGAAUCUCGCUGCUGGUCCAGCGGGGCGACUUGACACAGUUUCCCGUAGAGGUGGUGGUGAAUGCAGCGAAUGAGAACCUCAAGCACAUUGGUGGCCUUUCCGCCGCUCUUUUAAAAGCUGCUGGCCCUGAGCUCCAAUCCAGUUGUGACCAGAUAGUGAAGAAGAAGGGCAGGAUCCUAGCUGGCAAUGCUGUCAUCUCAAAAGCAGGAAAGCUGCCAUACCGCCACGUGAUCCAUGCAGUUGGGCCCAAGUGGAUGAUGGAUGAGGCCCCAAGGUGUGUGUACCUGUUAAGGAAAGUGGUGGGAGAAAGUCUUCGUUUGGCUGAAAAACACAAGUACCAGUCCAUAGCCAUCCCAGCUAUUAGUUCUGGAAAAUUUGGCUUUCCCUUACACAAGUGUGUGACAACCAUUGUUUCGGCCAUCAAGGAAAACUACCAAUAUGACAGAGAUGGCCGUUCCUUGAAAGAGGUUUACCUUGUGGAUUUAUCUGAGAAGACUGUUGAGGCUUUUGCUGAAACUGUGAAAACUCUGUUUAAAGACACAGUGCCUGAUAAUGCUUCCCUGCCCAGGGCACCAGCAGCAGACCUGAGGAAAGAUCAUCAGGGGAACAGCAACACUCUGACGUCCCCUGAAGGCCUAAGAAUCCAUCUGGUGAGAGGAGAUGUGCAAGAUGUGAAAACUGAUGUUGUUGUCAACUCCAUUCCCACGGAUCUCACGCUUAAUAGAGGACCCCUUUCUCGGGCUCUCUUAGCAAAAGCUGGGCCAAUGCUCCAGGAAGAGUUGAAAGAAGUCAGUCAAAAGGUGACAGUCAAGGUGGGCACAGUUCUCAGAACCACUGGUUGUAAUCUACACUGCCAGCAUGUGCUUCACGUGGUGCCUCCAGAGUGGGGAAAUAACAGCAUAUCUUCACAAAAGGUCAUGGAAGACAUAAUCAAAGAGUGUUUGGAGAUCACUGAGAAGUUGUCUUUAAAAUCAGUUACAUUUCCAGCUAUAGGAACAGGAAAUUUGGGAUUUCCUAAAACUAUAUUUGCUGAACUAAUCAUUUCAGAAGUGUUCAAAUUUAGUAGCAAGAAUCAGCAGAGAGCUUUGGAAGAGGUUCACUUUCUGUUAUACCCAAGUGAUCAUGAAACUAUUCAGGCAUUUUCAGAUGAAUUUUCCAGAAGGACUAAUGGAAAUCCUGUCAGUGACAAAAUUCCCAAGGCUGAAAAUACACAAGCCUUCUAUGGGGCUCUUUCUAGCCCUGCUUCAGGAGUGCAUGAGAUGAAUAUUGGCCCCAUCAUCUUCCAGGUGGCCUCUGGAGAUAUCACCAAAGAAGCAGCAGAUGUGAUUGUAAACUCAACAUCGAAGUCAUUUGAUCUCAAAGCAGGGGUCUCCAAAGCGAUUUUACAAGGUGCUGGAAAAGAUGUGGAAAAUGAAUGUUCUCUUCAAGCUAAACAGGGCAACAGUGAUUAUAUAAUUACCAAAGGUGGACUAUUGAACUGCAAGAAUAUUAUUCAUGUCGUUGGAGGAAAUGAUAUCAAGAAAUCUGUGUCCUGUGUUUUGCAAGAGUGUGAAAAACUGAAGUAUGAGUCUAUUUGCCUCCCAGCCAUUGGAACAGGGAAUGCCAAACAAGACCCAGAUAUGGUUGCUAAAGCCAUGAUGGAUGCCAUUGAAGACUUUAUCCAGAAAGGAUCAGUCCACUCUGUGAAAAAAGUUAAAAUUGUUAUCUUUCUGCCUCAAGUACUAGAUGUGUUUUAUGACAACAUGAAAAAAAGAGCAGGGUCUCAGUCUUCUCCACAACCUUCAAUGAUGUCUAAACUUGCAUCAUUUUUAGGUUUCUUACGUCAAUCUCCCAAAAAACAGACUCCUUUGGUGUUGGAAAAGAAAACAGAAUCAGCAAUUUUUCAGGUGUGUGGUGAUAAUGAAAAAAGUGUGGGAAACACUAUUUCUUGGCUACAGGAUCUGUUUGAAAAGGAGCAGUUUGUUUACACCAGUAGCGAUGAGUGUAUCAAAAACUUUGAUGAAAAGGAGUAUCAGGAAUUGAAUGAGCUCCAAAAGCGGUUAAAUAUUACCAUUUCCCUGGAUCAUAAGAAACCUCUGAUUGAAGUUUUUGGAAUUCCUAGAGAUACGGUGACAGCUUCAAGUGCAAUUGAGGAAAUGAUCAAGAAAGUCAGAGUGAACAAAGAACAAGAAUCUCGGGCUGAUUGUAUCAGUGAAUUUAUACAGUGGCAGUACAAUGACAAGAACACAUUUUAUCCUUUUGAUAAAAUAACCAAUCUGCAAUUAGAGAAUGCAAAGAGAGCAAAGCAAGGGACAGUUGGUGUCAAAAUUAAUGGGCAGAGCUACACAGUGGACUUGCAUGCAAACGUUGCUAUGGAUGCAAAAGGAAACAGUUUACCUGUUCAGCGUCUCAUGAAAGCUGAAGUGGAGAUCCCUAUGAAUUGGAGUGAUAUGAAGCAACAGACUUCCUGUUUGGUGCUACUACCGCCUAAUCAUCCAGAAUACAACACUGUGGCAAGCAAGUUUAAUCAGACCUGCUCAACAUUCAAGAUAGAGAAGAUUGAGAGAGUCCAGAAUCCAGAUCUCUGGAAUUGCUACCAGGCAAAGAAAAAAUCCAUGGAUGCCAAGAAUAGUCAGACUAAUAAUGAGAAGCUCCUCUUCCACGGGACAGAUGCACACUCACUGCCACACGUGAACCAAAAUGGCUUUAACCGCAGUUACGCUGGAAAGAAUGCUACAGCCUAUGGAAAGGGAACCUAUUUUGCUGUUAAUGCCAGCUAUUCUGCCAGUGACAUAUACUCCAAACCAGACAGCAGUGGAAAAAAGUAUAUGUAUUUUGUGCGAGUGCUGACUGGAGUCUACACGCGUGGGCAUAACACAUUAAUUGUACCUCCUUCAAAGAACCCUCAAGAUCCUACUGACCUGUAUGACACUGUCACAGAUAAUACGCAAAAUCCAACAAUAUUUGUGGUUUUUUAUGACUACCAGGCUUACCCAGAGUACCUCAUUACUUUUACUCCAUAA